UAAUCUCGUUACAUAACGCGUCGUUGAAUGAGCCGUUCGUUCAUUCGCCGGCCGCCUGACACAGUAAGCACAGCGAGAAAAACACUUGUGGCGUUUGUCAAAGCGAUAUAGCUUGCAUUCAGGUGUAUUUACGCGGGAACUACAUUUAUUUUAUCUAGCCACUAUGAGAAAUUCGUCUUCCUUAUAGCUUGUAUGUGUCUAUCUUUUUUAUUCUAUGUGCAGCCGUGACGCGGUUUCCACCACAACGCAAGGAAAAACGAAGCGCCAUAGUCUCCCUCUUUUCUGAAGAAUAUUUCCAAAGAGACAUCCACGAGCCUCUGAAGACAUGGAGGCGCCGGGUUUGGCACACGGGAUCGCGAGCCCGCUAAGCUCGCGAGAGGGCAUGAUCAAGAAUGUGAGCCUGGAGUCGCUCCAGCUGUGCGAGAGAGACGGUAAGGCAGAGGACAGUGGUGUGGUAGGAAUGGAGGAGUUACCAGUUCCUCGCAAUAUCAAGAUCAGUAACAUCACCUGUGACUCCUUUAAGAUUUGCUGGGACAUGGACCCUCACACCACAGAGAAGAUCACACAUUACUUCAUUGACCUCAACAAAAAGGAGAACAAGAACUCCAACAAAUUCAAACACAAGGACGUGCCCACGAAGCUUGUUGCUAAGGCGGUCCCAUUGCCCAUGACAGUGCGAGGACAUUGGUUCCUGAGCCCACGGACAGAGUAUACAGUUGCCGUGCAAACGGCAUGCAAACAGAGCGACGGAGACUAUGCCAUAUCAGAAUGGAGUGAUAUUGUUGAGUUCUGUACGGCAGAUUAUUCCUCAGUGCAUUUGACACAGCUGUUGCAAAAGGCUGAAGUCAUUGCUGGCAGGAUGCUCAAGUUUUCUGUCUUUUACCGGAAUCAGCAUGAGGAAUACUUUCAACACUGCAGAGAUGUGCUUGGUGGUCAAAUGAUGCCUUCGUUAAAGGACAACAGUGGUAGUCAUGGCUCACCUCUGAGUGGUAAAUUGGAGGGGAUUGUCUUCAGCUGUAAUACUGAGUUUAACACAGGUCAGCCCCCGCAGGAUUCACCGUAUGGCCGUUUCCGCUUCCAGGUGCCCGCCGAGGCCCUGUUCACCCCUGAUACGCUCCUCUACUUUGGGGACUUCUACUGCAUGUAUACUGCCUAUCAUUAUGUAAUCCUAGUCCUGGCUCCCCGUGGCUCGCCUGGAGACCUGUACUGCAAUGAACGCCUUCCUGAACUGGAUGUGACGAACAACCGCUUUCUGACACGUGUGUGUGGAGAUGAUGGCCGUGUGGAGUUUCGGCAUGCACAGGACGUGAUUCUGGAGCUGAUUUAUACUGAACCGGUACCAUUGGCACUGGGGACUGUCUCUCAGAUCAGUGGCCACCAGUUAAUGAGCUUGUCCACUGUCAACGCCAAGAAAGACCCCAGCUGCAAGACAUGCAACAUCAGUGUCGGCCGCUAACCUGUAUACACUCUCUUUCACACAUUUACCCACUCACACCAACCCAACCCAAUAGGAUGUGCAUAAGACCUGAAAUCUUAGAAUUAUACUUUAUACAACCAGACACAGAACUCUGAGUCAAGUGGCACUAGAAUCCUCCAAACAUGUUCAUGUGGAGCUUAUAACCCUUUGGGACCUCCCUUAGAUAUUGCUGGAGAACAGCAUCUAGAAUGUUCAAUCUAUCGUCAAUGAACUGAGCAUUGUGAAAGAAAAAAAUCAUUGUGUUUUAGAACCAAAAAAAAUAAAUAAAUAAAUAAAUAAAAAACAGAGUAAGACAAAAAAGAAAAAAGACAAUUGGGCUCCAGAAUGUCCACACACACACACACACACACACACACACACACACACACACACACACACACACACACACACACACACAAAAUGCUCAAAACCCUUGGGGGGCCUCCCAGACAUCCAUCUAAUGCUAGAAACUCUAUAAACAUCUACAUAAUUACUUGUAUCCUAAAUGGACCAAGCAUUGCAAAAAAAAAAAAAAAAAAAGGAGUACUGUCCGACUGAGAAAAAAAUUGAAAACAGAACAAGACAAAUUUAAAAAAAAGAAAGAAAGAACAGAGCAAGACCAAGAGUAAAAGCUGAGUUUCCAAAAAAUCUUAUCCCACUGUGAACCUUUCAUGUGUGUUUCUUGGUGCUUUUUCUGCUUGAUAUUCAGACCCCAGCCCUUUUUAUCCCCAAACCAUUUGUGACCUUUUUCAACACAUAUCGGCUCUCAGACAAGAGUGUCUUGCUCAGUUCCCACUGAGGCAAUUAAACUACCCAUGUCUCUUAGGUUGGACACCAGAGGUCAAAAGACCCUACUUCAGAACUAGUCUCUGGAGUCUUACGCCAACCGGUCCUUUAAGCACUGAUACCACCUCAGCCUAUAACUCUUUUCCAGUACCCUCAAUCUUUUCAUUUUAUACUCUGAUCGCAGUUCUCCUUUAAUCACAACUGUUUUUAUUCAUUAAACACAGUUUGUAGAUAUUUUGAUGUUCUUGUUUUACUAUUCUUUUUUGUUUUGGAGAAUGUUUUGUUGUAUAAUGGUGUAUUUUGUAACAUGUUAGAACAUCAAACGCUCUCUUCAUUCCCUAAAUAAGAAUUAUUUGUCUAAAAUAUAUGAUAAAAAUGUAAUUUGCAGAAGGCAGCUCAGCACUGUACUUGUUUAUGUCCAGUGGUGCUUGAGGAGUCUGGUUGCACCCUCUGGUGAUGAAAAAGUAACAUUCCCCAGAUCUGGACAGUUAUGCAUGCAAAGAUUUUUUGCUGUGGGGUACCUGAACUUGUUUACUUGUUCCUAAAGCUCCAAAUAUAGAAGCUAAUCAUAACAGACAUGGAUGCAUGGUUUAUUUUACAUUUUUGAAAAUCCAUCACUAACCAUAUGCUGGAAUGUAGCAUUUGCCUAAAACAAAAUACUUGGAUAUUUUUAUUUAUUUUUUAUUGUAUUCUUUUGUAAGAGAUCCACAUGUUUAUGCCCGCUAUAAUCACUUCAAAACUAUAUGUAUUUAAUAAAAAUUAUAAUCUCCCAUUUUUAAGGCAGCACAUAUACAGUAUAUGUAUACAUUUUAAGUCAACAUUUGGUCACACAAACAUACACUACCGGUCAAAAGUUUUGAAACACUUGACUGAAAUGUUUCUCAUGAUCUUAAAAAUCUUUUGAUCUGAGGGCGUAUGAUUAAAUGUUUGAAAUUAGUUUUGUAGACAAAAAUAUAAUUGUGCCAGCAUAUUAAUUUAUUUCAUUAUAAAACUAAAAUUUUAUUAAAAAAAAAAAAGUUUUUGAAAUUGAUGACUUGGACCAAAUAAUAAAGAAAAGCAGCCAAUAAGUGCCCAACAUAGAUGGGAACUCCUUCAAUACUGUUUAAAAAGCAUCCCAGGGUGAUACCUCAAGAAGUUGGUUGAGAAAAUGUCAAGAGUACAUGUCUGCAAAUUCUAGGCAAAGGGUGACUGCUUUGAAGAUGCUAAAAUAUGACACAGUUUUGAUUUAUUUUGGAUUUUGUUUAGUCACAACAUAAAUCCCAUAGUUUCCUUUAUGUUAUUACAUAGUUUUAAUG